CCGCAGCCAGCAGGUGUCCAUUGCCCGGCACCCCUAGCUGCCACUGCAGCAGUCACGGUGGCUCGGUCCAUGCCGUGCCCCUCAGACCGUGCUGGCGAGGCUGAGCCUGAGACCUCUGAGUCUCGACCCGUAGGAGAGCAGGGACCAAGUCUCACCAGUGGGGAGGAUCAUGUUGCGUCGCAAGCCCUCCAACGCCGGCGAGAAGGAGCCCACCCAGAAGAAAAAGCUCUCCCUUCAGCGCUCCAGCAGCUUCAAAGAUUUUGCCAAAUCCAAACCUAGCUCCCCCGUGGUGAGCGAGAAGGAAUUUAAUCUGGAUGAUAAUAUCCCAGAAGAUGACUCAGCUGUUCCCACUGCAGAGGAUGCCGGGAAGAGUGGCAAAAAGCUGGGGAAGAAGUGGAGGGCAGUGAUUUCCCGCACCAUGAACAGAAAAAUGGGCAAGAUGAUGGUAAAGGCCCUGUCGGAGGAAAUGGCAGACACUUUGGAAGAAGGCUCAGCCUCCCCGACAUCUCCAGACUGCAGCCUGGACAGCCCCGGCCCUGACAAGAUGGCGCUGACCUUUUCUGAGCAGGAGGAGCGUGAACUUCCGACACUCAGCCGGCAGACAUCAACAAGCAGCGAGCUCUGUAGCCCUGGCCCAGGUUCUGGCAGCUUCGGGGAGGAAGCACCUGCCCUCCCGUAUGCAGGGCCCUUCUGUGGCCGGGCAAGAGUCCACACCGACUUCACUCCCAGCCCCUAUGACCACGAUUCGCUGAAACUUCAGAAAGGAGAUGUGAUCCAGAUAAUCGAAAAGCCGCCCGUGGGCACAUGGCUGGGCCUGCUCAAUGGCAAGCAGGGCACAUUCAAGUUCAUCUAUGUGGAUGUGCUGCCUGAGGAGGCAGUGGGACCUGCCCGUCCGAGCCGCCGACAGAGCAAGGGCAAGAGGCCCAAGCCCAAGACUCUGCAUGAGCUGCUGGAGCGCAUCGGCCUGGAGGAGCACACAUCCACCCUGCUGCUCAAUGGCUACCAGACGCUGGAGGACUUCAAAGAGUUACGGGAAACACACCUGAACGAACUCAACAUCACAGACCCACAGCACAGAGCCAAGCUGCUCACGGCCGCCGAGCUGCUGCUGGACUAUGACACGGCUGGCAGCGAGGAGGCGGAGGAGGGCGUCGAGAGCAGCCAGGAACUAGUGGCGCACACAGUGUCGGAACCCAAGGUGGACAUUCCACGUGACUCAGGCUGCUUUGAGGGUUCAGAGAGCGGACGCGAUGAGGUGGACCUGGCAGGCACAGAGGAACAGCUGCAUGGCCUCUCCCUGGCCGGGGCACCUUGAGGUGGUAGUGACACAAGCUGAGGCUGGGCUGAGCUACAAAGACUGUGGGCUGUGGACCCGGCCUCCGCGGUGGCUCCCAGGGUCCCCAGAGGACUGAUGUCAGGACUAGCGCUUUCUCCCCCAGGAGUGCUUAGGCUUGUAGCCCAGUGGACCCCUACAAAGCUUGGCUGGAGUGGCCAAGGGGCCACCCAAGAGAACAUCCGAUCCGCCCAAACUCCUCUCUGCAGCAGCGACUGACAGCACAGCCCUUUCCCAGCAGUGCCUUUCCAGGAUCAAGGUCCCUCUAAGCAGGGCACUGAGGAAACCCGCCCCUAUCUCCCAGCACCAGGGCUCCCAAAUCCUCCUCACUUCCCCACCCCUCUCUCCCUGUGGUACACUCCUAAGCAGGGGUCAAAGCAGUCAGGAAACCUUAGGAAAGCUGCCCAUUUAAAAGGACCCACCAAGAUCAUGAUCAUGGGCAAAUCCUGAUAUCCCUAAAGAAAGCUCAAAGAAUGACAUAGGUGCCAUUUCUGCCUUUUUCUUCCUUAAUUUUCUUACUGGUUUGGCUACUACAUUGUUGUGAGCCUUGCACCACAGCCUCACCUCCUGUAACUUAGGGUUGGUUGGGGGUUACAAUGGACAGUCACCGAGGGCCUUGCCAGCCCUGACACCCUGACAUUAAAUGUCCAUCCUGCUCUUACUUGUGACCUGGAACAUCAGUGCAGCUUCUUAAGGGCACUGGAGCGGGUCUCAGACUUCCAAAUGAAGCAGCCCCUCCUCUUCGUCCGUUUCAUCUCUUAACUUCAUUUCAUCUCACUGUAGCCCAGCUGCAACUUCCGCAGCUUCAAAUAAUGCUCUUACCUCGCACAACAUGUUUCCUCCCCUUCCAUUUUUGGGGCCACUCAAGAGGACUUCCUGUAAGGCUGAAGGCAGAAGGUCUGAUCAGGCACCCAAGGCCAGAAUCAUCACUCAGAAGUCAGAUGCAGAUCCAGACCUAAACUUGGCCACUUGCAAGGCUCCUCAGCAGCAAAGAAAGCAGUCAUCUUGACACCGUAGAGUCCACUAUCCCCAACUUGGCUUUGCUAAAGCUUUUGGAGCACCUUGAGUCAGGGAAAGAGGGUAUCUGUCAGUGGGAGGUUUCCUUUACCCCAGUACCAAGUCUGUGCCCUGAGUCAUAAGUUGCCUUGUCCUGGUGCCCGACUAUCCUGAGAUAAACAGUGCCCACUACAUCUAGGACUGCCUGCUAAGUGGACACACUUCUUACCUAUUACCAGAAUUUGGGUAAAAGCUAGCUUUGGCAAAGGGAGUUGUGUGUAAAUAGGAGGGGGAGGGGGUAAGAAGGUGAUGGAGUUGGUAGCAAUAAACUUUAGUAGAACUGAA